AUAAGUUUCGCGUAUAAAAGCCUCAAACGCAUUCGAUCUCGUAAAAACCCUCGUUUCACUCUCAAAUCUCUGCUUUCCCUCUUCACCUUUUCUCUUUUUCUUCUGGGUCCUCGAUCUUGCAAGCAAAAGCACAAGCCAAGCUCUGUUACCAGAAAAGAAUGGAUCAGCAAGGGCGUGGAGAGCCCCCAGCUAUAGGGAUAGUGAGUACUUCAGGCCAGGUGCCAUAUGGCACAAACCCUUAUCAGCCGAACCAAAUGUCUUCUGCCCAAAAUCCAGGAUCAGUUGGGACCAUCCAAUCUACUGGGAAGCCAGCAGAAGCACAGCUUGCACAGAAUCAACUUGCCUAUCAGCAAAUCCACCAUCAACAGCAGCAGCUUCAGUCUUUUUGGGCAAAUCAGUAUCAAGAAGUUGACAAAGUUGCUGAUUUCAAGAAUCACAGCCUUCCCCUAGCAAGGAUCAAGAAGAUCAUGAAGGCUGAUGAGGAUGUGAGGAUGAUAUCAGCUGAGGCCCCAGUUGUAUUUGCCAGAGCAUGUGAAAUGUUUAUUUUAGAACUGACCUUGCGGUCUUGGAAUCAUACAGAGGAGAACAAAAGGAGGACAUUACAAAAGAAUGACAUUGCAGCAGCCAUCACUAGGACUGAUAUUUUUGAUUUCUUAGUUGACAUCGUGCCAAGGGAGGAUCUGAAAGAUGAAGUACUGGCAUCAAUAUCUAGGGGAUCAAUGCCUGUUGGGGGGCCUGCUGAUGCACUCUCUUAUGGUUAUAUGCCACAUCAGCAUGCAGCUCAAGUUGGAACUCCUGGGAUGAUAAUGGGUAAACCUGUGAUGGACCCAGCUAUCUAUACCCAGCAGUCUCAUGCCUUUAUGACGCAACAGAUGUGGCCACAGCAGGGAUCAGAACAACAGCAAGCUCCCUCAGAUCAUUAAUGACCAGAUAUGAAAGUUGAGGUUGUGUAAGUUCUGUAUUUAACUUACCUAUCACUACAGCAUGAAAUUUGUGUCCGACAGCCCAAAACUGUUUAAGAUCAUAUGAGCAUGUUGUAGAGAACUACUGUGAUGUAAUUGAUAGCAGCAAUACUUGUCUCUUCUCAGAUUUACGUAUCCUUCAGGUAGAUUCUUUUGUAGCUGAAGGCUCAUAACAGUGAUAAUAUUUUUCUAAUGAAAAUUUCCAAUAGAGGAGUGAACGUUAGAA